AUGUCUGCGAGUCCCGUGUCUUCGGCUGGAGACGACAACAAGCCCAGCAGCGAUCAAAUCCAUUUCAAAUUCUGCCGCGAAUGUUCCAACCUGUUAUACCCUAAAGAAGACCGCGUGCAAAACCGCCUAAUGUUCACCUGCCGGACCUGCCACGUCUCCGAGCCCGCGACCUCGCCAUGCGUCUACCAGAACAACCUCAAUACCCAAGUGGGAGAAACAGCCGGUGUGACUCAGGAUGUGGGAUCUGAUCCUACGCUGCCGCGAUCGAACAAGCUAUGUCCGAGCUGCGGAGAAAACGAGGCGGUCUUUUUCCAGAGUCAACAACGUUCAGCCGAGACUGGAAUGAAACUCUACUACGUUUGCUGCACCUGCGGUAACGUCUUUACGUGA